AUGUUGCCCACACCGUACGCUCACAGCCCGGGCUCCAGCAUCGGCUCUGCACCUCCCGUCACCCCCGAGACUCCCUUCGCGUCUGUCUCUCCCCGUUCUCCCUACAUCAACCAUCCCUCGGCUUCCCCCAUCUCACCCUCUAACCUGGUAGUCCAUCCCACUACCUUUGAUCCCAAGGAAUCCGUCAUCUCUCUUCAACGCGAAGUAUUGGAGAUUGCUCGCGUGGCCGGACACCCCCACGGCGGUCCAUUCGUUCCCCAGAAGACGUACAAGCCGCACACGAUUAGCGAUCGCCGUCGGUACGUGGACGAGGUCGAGUUGGAGGCACCCAUCAUGUUCUUCUCGAACAACCCGACUGGCUGCGGUAUCCCCCUCAGGGACGCGAUCGCCAGCCGUUUCAGCGCUCUGGACGGCCGUGACGACUCCAUGUUCGAAGGUCGAGGACCGUCGGUAUCGAUCAGGCUGAACUGGCCCGGAUAUGCACCCUGGAGUCGCCAGAUCCCCACCAGGGACUUCCGUAGUCCACCCCAGCCGAUCACGCGGGCCAAGUUGGCUAGGAAUGUGGCGAAGACGGUCCAGCGCUUCAUUCAGGAGAUGGAGAAUCAGACGAUGGAGGAUCCGUCCGAGGUGAAAUGGCGCGUCGGGACGCGUGGCAUACGCCUCGAGGACCUCAUCCUGGUGGGCCUGCAGCACGUAUCGAUGGGAUCCUGGCAAGCGCACGUACGCCUGUUCCGGCGCCAACAUUAA